GCCGAAGCAGGACAUGGAACAGCUGGUGAGGGCUUUGAAGACGGUCACCAACACGCUCGGCGCCAUGCAGAUCGCGACCUCGGACAAGGACGGUUUAGUCAAGCAGCUCGAGGGCGCGACCUCAGAGAUUCAACGUGCUGUGGAGGCUACGCCGUCGGAGCCGACCACGUCUAGAGCAUUGAGACUGGCGGAGGCAGCGAAGUCCCUGGAGCACUACAACAAGCUGUACAACUGGGCGUUCGAGGUAAAGAAGCAGGCGGACGCCAAGGCAAAGAAAGCCAACGAGACGCUCAACCUGAGGACAGACGAGGUCUUGAAGGCGGAGCAGCUCAUCGAGGAGAUCCAGGCAGAGGGCAAGGAGAAGAACAACAAGAGCAUCUUCGAUGCCACCCUGGAGGCCGACACGGACAUCGUGCACCCGCCCGAGCUAGAGUUCUCGGAACUGGAGGAGCACUUCAAGUAUGACGAAGACAUGGAUGCAGAGGGCCGCGCGGCGGUCGACCAUGCGAAGAAGCAGGUCCUGGAGGAGCUCAAGAGGACGACACGCACCUUCAAAGGCCAACUCGCAGAGCACCUCCAGCAGGGACCACAGCGGGGGGGAGGCAAGCGACCCGCCGGCGACGCCGAGCCCCCGGACCGCACCAUCUGUUUCGCCAACAUCACGACGUGGGGGCCCGAGGUGAUGAGCUGGAUGCGACGUGGCGGACUUCGUGAAGGGUACGAUGUCUACGCGCUGCAGGAGACGCACAUCCCUUGGGCAAAGAUCGACACCGUGGAACGUGACUUGCAGAAGGAGGGCUUCGCAAGUACCUUUACCACGGUACGGAAAAGCGAGAAGAGCACAACGGGCACCCGAGGUGGCACAGCUGUCAUCACCAAGGGGCACCUGACAGUGACAUCCUUCAAGCAUCGCGCCAAGCCAACGACCGCCUCCAACACGUGCAGCCACGCCGAGACAGGGGACAUCGACAUGUGCGACUGGACGCCAGUCCCGCUGCACCUGAAGGGAACGUCGCUGGUAAUCAUCUCCAUCUACCUCGACCCGAAGAGCAGCACUCAUCAAGGCGUGAACGCACGCAAGUUGACGACGCUGGCCUCCUUCCUUAACUCCCUCUCCAUGCCGCGGAUAGUCUGCGGCGACUUCAACAUGACGCAUCACGACUUCGGAAAGACAGGAUGGCCAGCAGCGCUCGGGGCAACCAGCGUCAUCGGCAUCCCAGACGACCAGCACACAUGCAACCCCGGCGAGGCCCACUCCAACGUCGACCCCGCGCCGACCAACGAAG